AAAUGUAUGAAAUCAAUAAGGGAAUCGAUAGUACUUAUGCGUAUAUAUGUUCUAUUCGCUGUACUUUGCUGAGCACAAUUGCGUCCUCGAAUCACCAUAGCAACCAUAUUAUAAAUAUUUAUCUGUUUAAACGGAGAUUCAUGGUUAAUUAGUUCUCUGCAUGUUGCUCUAGUUUUCGUGCUUGAUUAUUUCAUAUACUCAGGUCCGUUGUUCGUGCAGAUAUAAUUGUUAAUUAUAUAAUAGAGUUUAAAUUUGAUAAAUACAAAUGAUUCUGUCAAGUGCGAUUUCAUAAAAAUAUAAAUAUGCUGCAAUUACUGACGAGGAAAUCGAGCAACUUGCUUCGACUUCAGAAGAUCAAGAUUCUGAUUUCAAAAUAUAAGAACUGCAAAUUUUCAACAAAACCUAGCAGCGCUGCGGCCGUAGUUGAAAAGCAGGAUGGUAUUAAAAUGAACGAAGAAAAUGUUAUGAGUCUACCGAUAUCGCUGUUAAAUCAGCGUGUUUCAACUUCUGAAGCAAGCGGGAAUGCAUCGUCCAUACUAUCGCAACUGAACUCGCUUCCAGAAGAUGCUGUCCAGCGUCCUCUUGAUUUUCCGGUACUUAGAAAUGUUUCGGAACUUGACGAUAGCCCGUUACCGUUUGAAGAGGUGCCUGGCCCAGUCAUUCUCAAGCUAUGGGAAAAGUAUUGGAAAUACGUGCCGCUAUUUGGUACGCAACUGAUUCGCAGUGUACUGAUCAACAGGCUCACCGAGGGACGUUUACAAUGGAAUCGAAACAUAACUCCGAUAAGGUAUUUGUUUGAUGAAUACGGGCCAGUAGUUAAACUAAAAGGGCCAUUUGCAGGUGAUAUUGUUUUAAUUCACAGACCUGAGCACAUUCAAAAGGUUUUUAAUGAAGAAAAUGAUGAUGCAACUAGGAGUGCGAUUGACAUACUUCAGCACUAUCGGCUCAAUUACAGAAAAUAUCGAUUUGCUGGUCCCUAUUCCGCACAAGAAACACAAGGUCUAGAAUGGUUGAAAAUUAAGAAAACCUUGGAAAUGCCAAUAAAAAAACAAAUUAAUAACCAAUUUGCCAAACUUGAAAUCACGUGCGAUGAAUUACUUCAAAGAAUCCGACUGAUGAAAAAUCGCCAGGAUGAGGUCUCGGGCAAUUUUAACCAAGAACUAUUGCGUUGGGGCAUGGAAUCCUUCUGGAUUAUAUUAUUGAAUAAAAAGUUAGGUUACCUCGAAUCAACAGGCUACAGUGAAACAUCAGAAGCUUCUCGACUUAUAGAUGCUCUCUCUACAGCUCAUCUUUAUAUGAGUCGAUGUGAAACUGGAUUUCAAGUCUGGCGAUUCAUGGAAACGCCCUUUAGCAAGAAAUUGUUCAAUUCAUGCGAUGUCAUUGACGAAACAAUUGGAAAGUAUAUUCGAAUAAUCCAAAGCAGUAGGCUUCAUGAGUCUCCUUCGAAAUAUAACAAAAAUGAGAACAUUUGUUCGUCUAUUAUCGAGAAUCUUCUUGUAGACCAUUCUUUGAAUCCCGACGAAGUGUCAACAUUGUUAAUGGACAUGAUUAUUCUAGGAGUCCAAGCUGCAGUAAAUAGCCAAGCUUUUUUGCUGUAUUUCCUGGCAAAAAACCCACGAGUGCAGAAAAGAUUAUUCAAUGAAAUAAUUUCCAAGACUAAGGACUACCCUAUUCUGAAUAAAGAAACAUUAGAAAAAAUGCCUUAUUUAGAUGCGUGCAUUAAAGAAUGUUUAAGGAUACGUCCACCAUUUCCAUAUCUGACGAGGUUGUUACCAAAAGACAUUAUCUUGCAUGGUUACAAAAUUCCAAAAGGCACGUACCUUAUUAUGGCUAAUCAAAUUACUUUCAUGCGUGAGGAAAAUUUUGAAGAUCCAGAAAAAUUUAAACCAGAGAGAUGGCUUAAAAAUGAUGACUCUUUCUCUGUCUACAGUUAUUUACCUUUUGGAAAAGGUCUUAGAUCAUGUAUGGGCGAAAAUAUAGCUAAGUUAGAGAUUAUGCUGCUUACUGCAAAGAUUAUUCGAAACUUCAGAGUAGAGUAUGAGUAUUCAGAAAUAUGCAGCCGUUUUCUAAUGAUGAAUGUGCCUAAUAGACCACUUCGCUUCCGUUUUGUUGAAAGAGACUAAAUUUUUAUGGUAAAACGAUCUACGGUAAUUUUUAGAUCACAUUGCUUUUAGUACGAUGAUAGAUAAUAAUUUGUGGUUUAUGAUUUGCGCACCAUGCGAUUACUUUACUUAUAAGGUAUAACUUUUCAUAAACAAUAUAAUUAUGGGUAUCAAUUUUUUUUUAUUGUUUUGCUUGUAUAGUAUGUUGGCAAAGAUAAGUUCUUACAAACAUUCUUAAGAUUAUGAUCGUUCAAUUAUUGCUCUAAGAGUUGUAAGAUGUGAAACGGUACUGUAAAUUAACUAAAAAAAUACAUGGUGAUUAAUAAAAGUAAAUAAAUAAAUAAA